UCUCAGGUCAUCUGCAGCUGCAGCAGCAAGCCAGUGAAGGAGAGGGGGGAAAAGCAGGGAAAGAUGGCGAUCCUCCAUUGCUGAGACCUGGCAAGGAGCACAUGAGACUCACAUAACAACUUCCACAACAAACACAAGAAGAAGAGCUAGACACAGAGGAGGAGGAGAAGAAGAAAGCAGCAGCAGCUUCGGGACGCUACUAAUUUCCUGAUGUAAAAGUAUUAUCCAGGACCAUGGAGGUGCUGCAGUGCGAUGGCUGUGAUUUUCGAGCUCCAUCCUAUGAAGACCUUAAAGCUCACAUUCAAGAUGUUCACACUGCUUUUUUGCAGCCAACAGAUGUUUCUGAGGAAAGUCCUAGCCAGCCAAGGUCUGGCUCCAUGAAUGCUAGCAACCAGACAGAGGUCGAAUUUUCUUCUGUAAAGGAUGAAUUUACAAUUGCAGAUGAAAUUGCAGGGCAAAAUGCAGCUCAGAUGGGGACUGGAAGUUAUUAUAGCCAUAGCCAGAGUUUUUAUAGCCAGCACAUGGCCCCAAAUCCUAAACCAACAAAUAAGUUUUUCCAGUGCAAAUUCUGUGUGCGUUACUUCAGAUCCAAAAACCUUCUCAUAGAACAUACCCGAAAAGUGCAUGGCACACAAGCUGGAGGGAGCUCGGUGGGGCCGCCUGCUGCUGGAUCCUUAAAUUACAACAUCAUGAUGCAUGAAGGGUUUGGCAAAGUUUUCUCUUGCCAGUUCUGCACCUAUAAAUCGCCAAGGCGUGCAAGGAUUAUUAAGCACCAGAAAAUGUAUCACAAAAAUAAUCUAAAGGAGAGUUCAACUCCCCCUGCUGCUGCAGCUGCCAUAUCUGAAUCAGCAUCUGCAUCCGUGCCGGUGCAGGAAUCCUGCAAGGAGCUGCCUGCUGAAGUAGUAGAGCGUAGCAUCUUGGAAUCCAUGGUCAAGCCUUUAACAAAGUCCAGGGGCAAUUUUUGCUGCGAAUGGUGUAGCUAUCAGACCCCUCGAAGGGAACGCUGGUGUGACCACAUGAUGAAGAAGCAUCGCAGCAUGGUAAAAAUACUGUCAAGCCUGAGACAGCAACAGGAUGGAACCGGAUUGCCUGAUGUGCAGAACAAGAGUGCGCCGAACUCUGCCCCAAACUCCAACUAUAUCUCUAUGAAUGCUACAGGACGUGAGAUGCCGAAUGCCAAUGUCUCAAACUUCAGAGGCUCUAUGAGUAACUCCCUUAUCAGACCCAAUUCUUCUACAUCUUCAAAGUUUUCUUCUGUGUCUUAUCCUCAAAUGAAGCCUAAGUCACCUCAUAACUCUGGUAUGGUUAAUUUGUCUGACAGAUCCCGCUAUGGAAUAGCUGACAUGACAAAUUCUUCUGCUGACCUGGAAACUAAUAGUAUGCUAAAUGACUCUAGCUCUGAUGAAGAGCUAAAUGAAAUAGACAGUGAGAACGGCUUGAACUCCAUGGAUCACCAGACCUCAGGAAUGUCUGCAGAGCAGCUGAUGGGAUCUGAUGGUAACAAAUUAUUGGAAACAAAGGGGAUACCCUUUAGAAGAUACAUGAACAGGUUCCAGUGUCCUUUUUGCCCUUUCCUCACUAUGCACCGCCGAAGCAUCUCCCGCCAUAUUGAGAACAUCCACUUGUCUGGGAAGACGGCUGUAUACAAGUGCGAUGAAUGUCCUUUCACUUGUAAGAGUUCAUUAAAACUUGGAGCUCAUAAACAAUGUCAUACAGGUACAACAUCAGAUUGGGAUGCUGUGAAUUCCCAGAGUGAAAGCAUAGCCUCCUCUCUGAAUGAAAGCACAGUGUCUUAUGAAAGUGGAAAUAUAAACGGCAGGAAGUCAGGUGGAAUGAUGGAAUCCGUGCAGCAGCAACAGCAGCAGUCCCCUCAACCGCACUCGCAGCACCCCUAUAAAUGCACACUGUGCAACUACUCCACAACUACUUUGAAAGGUCUCCGAGUUCAUCAGCAACACAAGCAUUCUUUUUGUGAUAACUUGCCAAAAUACGAGGGACCGUCAUCCAAUGCUCCACAAGAGAGUGAGGUGGAUGCCCAUGCUGCCUCCAGCACUGUGAAGAAAAGCCAGACCUCAAUUCUUGGGUUAUCAUCUAAAAAUAACUUUGUAGCUAAGGCCUCUCGAAAACUGACAAAUGACUUUCCCCUAGAUCUGUCACCGGUGAAGAAGCGAACUAGAAUUGAUGAAAUAGCUAGCAACUUACAGAGCAAAAUCAACCAAAACAAGCAACAAGAAGAUGCAGUGAUUAAUGUAGAGGAUGACGAAGAGGAGGAGGAAGACAAUGAAGUGGAGAUAGAAGUAGAAUUGGACAAGGAAGAAGAACAAACAGAGCCAUUGAUGGAGGUGUCUAGUUCCUAUGCACCCCAGCAAAUGUGGGGAAGAGAUACUAAUGAUUCUCAGAAGGAGACUAAUUUCAGGAACAUGCCACAUGAUUAUAAUUCCACCAAUGGGGCAGAAAUUGAGCUAACUUUAUCUGAAGAUGAGGAAGAUUAUUACUGCUCUUCUGUCAGCAUGAAGGAUCACCAAGGGCCUAAUGCAUCUCUUUUGGGCAGCCAGUCGAGUAUGUAUGGAUCUGAUCAAAACAGUGAAAAUGCAGAGUUUAAUGAUUCUGGACGGCUUUAUUAUUGCAAGCACUGUGACUUUAGCAACAAAUCUGCCAGGAGUGUUAGCACCCACUACCAACGGAUGCACCCUUACAUUAAGUUCAGCUUUAGGUAUAUCUUGGACCCUAAUGAUCACAGUGCUGUGUACAGAUGCCUUGAAUGUUACAUUGACUACACCAACUUUGAAGACCUGCAGCAGCAUUAUGGUGAGCAUCAUCCUGAAGCUAUGAAUGUACUCAACUUUGAUCAUUCCGAUCUGAUCUACCGCUGCCGCUUUUGCUCUUACACUAGCCCGAAUGUUAGAAGCUUGAUGCCGCACUACCAAAGAAUGCACCCAACUGUUAAAAUUAACAAUGCAAUGAUAUUUUCAAGCUACGUAGUCGAGCAGCAAGAAGGGUUAAAUGCAGAGUCACAAACACUGAGAGAGAUCUUGAAUUCUGCUCCCAAGACCAUGGCAACUUCCACUCCAGUGGCCCGCGGGGCUGGCGUGCCUGCUACAUUUAACAAAAAUGCUUCGAAGAGUUUUAGUCCAGAAUGUGAAAAUCAGAAAGAGCCUUCAGUUAAUAGCGUUGUGGUGUAUGACUGUGAUGUGUGUUCGUUUGCAAGCCCUAACAUGCAUUCUGUUCUGGUGCAUUAUCAGAAAAAACACCCUGAAGAAAAGGCUUCAUAUUUCAGGAUUCAGAAGACCAUGCGGGUGGUGUCUGUCGACAGGGGUUCUGCCUUGGCUCAACUGUCCUUUGAGCUGGGAACUCCCAUCUCCCCAAAACUGUCCAACAUGGCUUCGCAGCCACCACCUCCCCCACCACCACCACCAGACCUCACCACUGAACUCUACUACUGCAAGCACUGUUCAUAUAGCAACCGCUCGGUGGUGGGAGUGCUCGUCCACUAUCAGAAAAGGCAUCCAGAAAUAAAGGUCACUGCGAAAUACAUUAGGCAGACCCCCCCCACAGCAGCAAUGAUGAGGGGUGGUGAAAUGCCACCUGGCAUUCAGAGGCCACCAGCAUCUAUGCAGCUGAACAGGGGCAGCUCUGAGAGCUCUGUGGCUCCCCUUGAGAAUGAAAUGUUCUUCUGUCAGCAUUGUGAUUAUGGAAAUCGGACCGUUAAAGGCGUGCUCAUUCAUUAUCAAAAGAAGCAUCGUGACUUCAAAGCCAACGCAGAUGUGAUCAGACAGCACACGGCCACAAUUAGGAGCCUUUGCGAUCGUGGCCAGAAAAAAUUGUCCAGCAGCAUGCCUGCGCCCACUUCCAAUGCAGAGCGGGACAAGGCUAAACUAAGAGCUCUCAAAUGCCGGCAGUGUUCCUACACGUCGCCUUAUUUUUACGCACUGAGGAAGCAUAUUAAGAAAGACCACCCAAGCCUGAAGGCCACAGUUACAUCCAUUUUACGAUGGGCAUUUUUGGAUGGCUUAAUAGAAGCUGGUUAUCACUGUGAAUGGUGUAUUUAUUCACAUACAGAGCCUAGCGGUUUGCUCGUGCAUUACCAAAGGAGACAUCCUGAGCAUUAUGUUGACUAUACAUACAUGGCCACUAAACUCUGGGCAGGUCCAGAUCCUUCCCCUCCAGCCCUAGUGAUGCCAUCAGAGGCAAAAACCUAUAAAUGCAGAGACUGCAUUUUUGAAGCAUCUUCCAUUUGGGAUAUUACGAAUCACUAUCAGGCUUUUCAUCCUUGGGCCAUGAAUGGGGAUGAAUCUGUGUUGCUGGAUAUCAUCAAGGAGAAAGAUGCUGCUGAGAAAGCUGGGACCCAGUCCGAUGAAGUCGGGACCAGGGUUAAUUCUGAAGACCAGAUAACCACAUCACAGAUGGAACAGGAUGUCGAUUGUGCAGAAGAUUCCAGCCUUCCCCAGGAAAAAAAUGUCCAGCUGGCCUCUGCAAACCCUGCAAUAUCCUCCACGCCGUAUCAGUGCACGGUGUGUCAGUCCGAAUACAAUAACUUGCACGGCCUCCUGACGCAUUAUGGCAAAAAACAUCCUGGCAUGAAAGUUAAAGCUGCAGAUUUUGCACAGGACAUAGACAUUAACCCAGGAGCCGUGUACAAGUGCAGGCAUUGCCCAUACAUUAAUACACGCAUCCACGGUGUCCUUACACACUACCAGAAACGGCAUCCGUCAAUAAAGGUCACCGCUGAGGAUUUUGUGCAUGACGUGGAGCAGUCUAAUGACAUGGCCCAGAAUGAUGUGGAAGAAACGAGUAGGAUUUUCAAGCAAGGGUAUGGUGCUUACAGAUGCAAAUUAUGCCCUUAUACCCAUGGCACUUUGGAAAAGCUUAAAAUUCACUAUGAAAAAUACCACAACCAACCUGAAUUUGACGUGUUUGCGCAGUCACCGCCGAAGGUGUCUGCAUCCAUGGAGCUGGAGGGUACCCCCGAAAUAAAGGCUUCUCCGGAAAUUGCUGUUGAGGACAUCGGAGAAGUCACCGUGCCAGCUUCUCAUUUCUCCAGCUCUCAUCUUGUGUCUCACACGGUGUUCCGCUGCCAGCUGUGCAAAUAUUUCUGCUCCACCCGGAAGGGGAUAGCCAGGCACUACCGCAUCAAACACAACAAUGUCCGGGCGCAGCCCGAAGGCAAAAACAACCUCUUCAAAUGCGCUUUGUGUUCCUACACAAACCCCAUCCGCAAAGGGCUUGCGGCACACUACCAGAAACGGCACGACAUUGACGCUUAUUACACUCAUUGCCUGGCAGCCUCCAGGACGGUAAGUGACAAGCCCAGUAAAGUGAUCAUUCCGUCUCCUCCCAAAGACACCUCUCCUCAAUUAAGCGAGGAGCUGAGGAGGGCUGUGGAAAAGAAAAAGUGCUCGCUUUGUUCCUUCCAGUCCUUUAGCAAAAAAGGCAUUGUGUCCCACUACAUGAAGCGUCACCCUGGUGUUUUCCCUAAGAAGCAGCAUGCGAGCAAGCUGGGGGGUUACUUUACAGCUGUGUAUGCUGAUGAGCAUGAAAAGCAGACUCUGGGAGAGGAGAGAAAUGAUUUUGAAAAGCCUGAGGUGGAGAAUGAGGCUCAGGAAAUUGAGUGGCUUCCUUUCAGGUGCAUAAAAUGUUUCAAACUGUCCUUCAGCACAGCCGAGCUGCUCUGUAUGCAUUACACCGACCACCACAGCAAGGAUUUGAAGAGAGACUUUACCAUACUGGGAUGUGGCACCCGUUCUCAGAGCUCUGCCUACCAGUGCAAGCACUGUGAGAGUAAACUGCAUAGCAUGGCAGAACUGACCUCACACUUGAACAGUCACAAUGAGGAAUUCCAGAAGCGUGCCAAACGUCAAGAGAGGAGGAAACAGCUUUUGAGCAAGCAGAAAUAUGCAGAUGGUGCUUUUGCAGAUUUCAAACAAGAGAGGACGUUCGGUCACUUGGAAGAUGUAUCAAAAUUUAAGGAGAGAAAAGUUGUUGGAUACAAAUGUAAAUUUUGCGUGGAAGUUCAUCCCACCCUCCGAGCCAUCUGUAAUCACCUUCGCAAGCAUGUUCAGUAUGGGAAUGUCUCUUCUGUGACAGCUACCGUAAAGCAGGAAGCGGAAGAUUCUUCAAACACAACUUUGGAGGGUUUUGAGGGAGCAAAAGACCAUGGCAUGGUGGAAUUUACAGAAGCUGAAUCUGGAGCAUCCUUGGAAGAUGAAACCAGGCCUGGGGGCUACCACUGCAGCCAGUGUGACCGGGUUUUGAUGUCUAUGCAGGGUCUGCGAUCUCAUGAGAGAAGUCAUUUGGCUCUGGCCAUGUUUACCCGUGAAGACAAGUACAGCUGCCAGUAUUGCUCCUUUGUCUCUGCUUUCAGGCACAAUUUGGAUCGCCAUAUGCAGACUCACCACGGACACCAUAAACCAUUCCGUUGCAAACUCUGCCCAUUCAAGUCCUCCUAUAAUAGCCGUCUGAAAACUCAUAUACUCAAAGCUCAUGCUGGUGAACAUGCCUACAAAUGCUCCUCCUGCUCAUUUUCCACCAUGACAAUCAGCCAGCUGAAAGAGCACUCCUUGAAAGUGCAUGGGAAAGCACUGACACUACCAAGACCCCGCAUUGUCAGCCUUGUAGCCUCACUCGCCCAACACGCCUCCAAGAACCACACUCCUGCUGAAGAAGUGGAGGACUCUAAUGAUUCUUCGUACUCCGAACCUCCUGAUGUUCAGCAACAGCUGAACCAUUACCAGUCAGCAGCUCUGGCCAGGAACAACAACAACAUUAGCCCCAUCCCACUGUCUGGGGCUGCUGCAGGAGCUGAACAGAAAACUGAAGCCAUCCUUAACUGUGAAUUUUGUGAAUUCUCCUCGGGUUACAUUCAGAGCAUUCGGCGUCACUACCGUGACAAACAUGGAGGGAAGAAACUCUUCAAGUGCAAAGAUUGUUCCUUUUAUACAGGCUUUAAAUCUGCUUUUACUAUGCAUGUGGAAGCUGGGCAUUCAGCAGUUCCCGAGGAAGGACCCAAAGACCUUCGCUGUCCUCUCUGCCUGUACCACACCAAAUACAAACGUAACAUGAUUGACCAUAUAGUCCUGCACAGAGAAGAGCGAGUUGUUCCCAUUGAAGUCUGCCGAUCCAAACUGUCAAAAUACUUGCAGGGAGUAGUUUUCCGCUGUGAUAAGUGUACCUUCACCUGCUCCAGUGAUGAGAGCUUACAGCAGCACAUAGAGAAGCACAAUGAACUGAAACCUUACAAAUGCCAACUGUGCUACUAUGAGACCAAACACACGGAGGAGCUGGACACUCAUCUUCGAGAUGAGCAUAAAGUGAGUCGUAAUUUUGAGCUGGUUGGGCGCGUUAACUUGGAUCAGCUGGAACAAAUGAAAGGGAAAACUGAGAGCUCCAGCAGUGAUGAGGAGGAAAAGGAAGAGGAGAUGAGCCCCAAGACUGAAGAGAGAGAUUCCAUGAUGUUCUCUGACAGUGGCGCUCCUGAGAAGCGUUUUCCAUGUGAGUUUUGUGGGAGGUCAUUUACAGAGGGCUCUGAGUGGGAACGGCACGUACUGAGACAUGGCAUGGCCCUGAAUGAAAGUAAGCGAGGGAUCAGUGAGGAUGACCAGCCGAAGGAGAACACAGAGGAAAAUGUUAAGGUACCCUCAGCAGAAGAAAAGGAAAGCAGUGAGGAAAUGGUGGACUUUUCCCACAAGAAUGAAACUGCAGUCCUUGGUGUGGCUGCCGAUAAAUCUCUCCAAGAGAACACAGAGGCCAAAAACGAAUAAGCAUUUGGUGUGAUUUUAAUUAACCUACUUGAACAGUGAUGAAAGGGGUGGGGGGUGGGCUGAAGGAAGAAACAAAGCUGCUUUUAGGACUGAAUGAUCUAUUUUCAAAGCACUGGUACCUGUGUGAGUGUGUGUAUAUUAAAGUUAUUUAAAUGAUGGAA